AUGACAGACGUGACGAUGCAGGAAAGUGUGGACCUGUCGGGUGACGGAGGCGUGCUCAAGGAGAUCUACCAAGAGGGUUCGGGCGAGUGCCCACCGGCCGGGGACGAGAUUCGCGCCCAUUACACGGGCACGUUGCUGGACGGCACCAAGUUUGACAGCUCGCGAGACCGCGAUGCCGAGUUCAAGUUCGUGCUGGGGAAGGGGAACGUGAUCAAGGCGUGGGACUUGGCCUUUGCAUCGAUGAAAGUUGGCGAGAAAGCUGUGCUGACGUGCAAGCCGGAGUACGCGUACGGAGAGAGCGGCAGUCCGCCCAAGAUUCCCGCCAACGCGACGCUCAAGUUUGACGUGGAGCUGCUGGGCUUCAGCCCCAAGGCCAAGGAGAUGUGGGAGAUGGAUGCGGCCGAAAAGAUUGCAGAGGCGACCAAGCUCAAGGCCAAGGGCACGGACCAGUUCAAGGCCAAGGAAUUUGAUGCGGCUGCAGCGACGUACGCUGAAGCGGCCUCGUACAUGGAGGACAUGUACGAUGCGGCAGACGAAGACAAGGAGACUAUGAAGCAGUUGCAGACGACGUGCUUCCUGAACGCCGCGAUGGCGUACCUUAAGGUAGAAAAUUAUGCGGAGGCCGUGUCCGUGGCCACGAAGGCACUGAACAAUGAGCCGACGAACGUCAAGGCACUCUAUCGACGUGGUGUAGGCCGCAUGCACCUGAACGAUCUGGAGCGUGCAAAAGAAGAUCUGCUUGCUGCUGGCAAGGUGGACCCAGCUAGUCGCGACGUGCGUCGUGCGUUAGACUUGCUGAAAGAGAAGAUGAAGGAGGCACGUCAGAAGGAGAAGAAUGUGUUUGGCGGUCUGUUUGGCAAGGUGUCGAUGUACGACGACAAGGCGUCGCCGGAAGGUGAGAUCGAGCUGGAUCCGAACAACCCCAAGGUGUUUUUCGACAUCAAGAUCGGCGAAGAGGACGCUGGCAAGGUUGUCAUGCAGUUGUACGAGGACGUGUGCCCCAAAACAGCAGAGAACUUCCGCGCGCUGUGUACGGGCGAGAAGGGCAACUGCUCGACGGGCGAGCCGCUGCACUACAAGGGUAGCUUGUUCCACCGCGUGAUCAAGAACUUUAUGAUCCAGGGCGGCGACUUUACGCGCGGCGACGGCACGGGCGGUGAGAGCAUUUACGGCGAGAAGUUCCCGGACGAGAACUUCCGGCUCAAGCACACGGAACCAGGGCUACUGUCGAUGGCGAACGCCGGUCCAGGCACGAACGGGUCGCAGUUCUUCAUCACGACUGUGGCGACGCCGCACUUGGACGACAAGCACGUGGUAUUUGGCAAGGUCGUGGAGGGCUUUGACAUUGUGCAGCGCAUAGAGAAUCUGGACAAGGACGAGGGCGACAAACCCACUUUGCCGGUCGUCAUUGCCGACUGCGGGACGUACGAGGACGCAUAG